GCCUCUUUUUUUCCUUCCCACCCUUUGCCAGGCAGGGGUCUUUGUUUUUGGCCGACUCUCUGGCCCUCGGCAGUUGCGCCCGUCUGUGCCUCUGAGGAGCAUCUCGUGACAAAAUAUAAACCGAGAGGAUGAGAAAUGGAUCGCUGACAGCCACCCCCGGACAAAAAUAAAAAUAAAAGUUCCAAACGGGAAUGGAGGGUGGCGACGGGUAAAAUCGUCCUCGCAUAAGCCCGCCGCCUAGCGGGCUUUUUUUUCUUUCUUUCUUUUUUCCUGUUCACCAUUCCAAUGGCGCCUGGAUCCGUCCGCCCGAGUCGGCCAUUGGUCGUCUGGGAUGGCGGCAAUUGCCGAAGGCGUGCCCAUGGCUUCAUGUGCAAACCCGGCUGGGCCAGCUGCAACUCCAGGGAACACGCCACCAGAAAGCAAGUUGGGAAGAUCGGGAAAAAAUAAUUGGAAGAGAAAUAAAGUGCUCGGGUCCGAAUAAGAAAAAAAAAAAAGUCCAGACGACGGCCAUCGGAGGUCGACGAUGACGAGUCUCCAGACCCAAAGCACCAUGGAGCAGCAGGAACGACAGUGCGUCUGAUCUUGGAACUCCCAGUCACUCCAGUCUCUUGUUUGAGUGAAACGGAUUGGAGGGCCUGCCAUGGCGGUCUGUGCUUAUUUUUUCAUCCCCUAGGUCAGUGUAAGCUCGGGGGCUCCUUCAGACGGAGCCGAUAUUGUCGACGAGGCAUAUUCUCAAUGUUCAACGCCGUUUCUGGCUGGUGGUUGUCACAAACACACAAGCCUCCCUUCUUCGUUGGUUGCAGAACCGGAGGGGCGGUCUGAUGGUACCAACAGUGUCUCAGGCCCUCCCCAAUAAGCCAGGGUGGUUCACUAGGGUGGUUUGAACCACCAACCUAGCCUUGUGGGCUUCUGCCGUAUCGAUGCAGAGGUGAAGGAGGCAGGCAGCAUACAGGAGUACCUAUACCUCUAGGUAUACCUCUAGGUAGGCAUUAUAUGGAGCCGCUUGGUGACUGGACAGAUGCAGAACCCCAACGGCCCAGCCAGGGCCACGGCUGCUGCGACUUUCCCAUCCAUGCCGCUCCCGAGCAUAGGCGGGCGGUGCAAGGCGGCAGCAGCAUGUUACAGCAACGCGCGCGCACAUCCGAGACCACCGCAUCGCAUCGUAGCCCAGCCCGUUCUUAUUCAGUGGGCCGCCCUCGCAAGGGAUGAGGGGUUGGACCACCGCCGAUACGCCAUCUGCAUGUACGAGGAGGACAUGCCUACCUAG